AUGGGACAUACUUAUGGGAUGAUGGAUGGCCACUAUCCCCAGCCUUCUCCACCUGUGAAUGGUUCAUUGGAACAGGAGCCUCAAAAGCAGCUCCCAGAGAUGCUAGGUGAGGUCUGGGAACAGCCUCGAGGGGACGGGCUGCCCCUUCUCUCGGUCAUCAUCGCUGCCUUUGUCCUACUAGCGAUCUGCAUCGUCCUGGCAGUUCACUUUGGGCCGACAUUGCACCAGGGCCAUGCCACCCUCCCUACAGAGCCACCAGCCCUAAAGCCAGAGAACGGCAUUUACCUCAUCCACUGGCGGCUGCUAGACCUCCAGGACAGCCGCAGAGAAACCCAGCAGGGACUUCCUAUUCCUUACUCUGGCCUUGCCCUAGAUGGGCACAGGCCCAGCAUUGAUGAAAUCACAUAUCUCUAG